AUGCAGAAGAGCAUCAGGUACAACGAGGGCCACGCCGCGUACCUGGCGCUGGCGGCAAGGCGGGAGGGGGCCCGGCGCGGAUACCUGGGCAAGCGGACGGCCGACAACAGGUGGCAUGACAAGUGGUUCGCCCUCUUCCAGAACCUGCUCUUCUACUUCGAGCACGAACACAGCGGGCGGCCGGCCGGCAUGUACCUGAUCGAGGGCUGCACCUGCGAGAGGGUCGCUUCCCCCAAGCCCCCGGCUACCGCCCGGGACCCCCUGGACAAGCAGCAUUACUUUACCAUAAACUUUGGCCAUGAAGGACAUAAACCUUUGGAGCUCCGGAUUGAGGAAGAGGCCGACUGUGAAACUUGGGUGGAUGCAAUUCAACAGGCCAGUUACUGUGAUAUUGUAAUUGAACGAGAGAUACUGAUGCAGAAGUACAUCCAUCUGCUUCAGAUCGUGGAGACAGAGAAAAUCGCAGCCCAUCAACUCCGACAGCAACUUGAGGAUCAAGACACUGAAAUUGAGAGAUUGAAAGCUGAGAUUGUAGCUGUGAACAAGACCAAGGAACGGAUGCGUCCAUACCAGGGAAAUCCCGAGGAUGAAGACCCGGAUAUUAAAAAGAUUAAAAAGGUUCAGAGUUUCAUGAGGGGUUGGCUGUGUAGAAGGAAGUGGAAGACGAUCGUUCAGGAUUACAUCUGCUCCCCCCAUGCAGAGAGCAUGAGGAAAAGGAACCAAAUAGUCUUCAAUAUGGUAGAAGCAGAAUCUGAGUACGUGCAGCAGCUGUAUGUCUUGGUCAACUGUUUCCUGAGGCCCCUCAGGAUGGCGGCCAGUUCAAAGAAGCCCCCUAUAAGUCACGAUGAUGUCAGCAGCAUUUUCCUCAACAGUGAGACAAUCAUGUUCCUUCAUGAGAUAUUUUACCAAGGACUGAAAGCACGGAUAGCAAACUGGCCCACCCUGGUGCUGGCUGACUUGUUUGACAUAUUGUUACCGAUGCUGAAUAUUUACCAGGAGUUUGUCAGGAACCACCAGUACAGUCUGCAAGUAUUAGCGAACUGUAAGCAAAACAGGGAUUUUGACAAGCUGUUGAAACAGUACGAAUCAAACCCAGCAUGUGAAGGCCGGAUGUUGGAGACCUUCCUUACAUAUCCCAUGUUUCAGAUCCCACGAUAUAUAAUAACAUUACAUGAGCUGCUUGCUCACACACCACACGAGCACGUGGAAAGAAAAAGCCUAGAAUUUGCAAAAUCAAAAUUGGAAAAUCUUUCGAGGGUAAUGCAUGACGAAGUGAGUGACACCGAAAACAUUAGGAAAAAUCUUGCAAUAGAACGAACAAUUGUAGAAGGAUGUGACAUUUUGCUGGAUACAAGCCAAACAUUUGUACGCCAAGGUUCCCUCAUACAGCUCCCUUCAGUGGAGAGAGGAAAGCUGGCCAAAGUUCGCUUAGGUUCCCUGUCGUUGAAGAAAGAAGGAGAGAGGCAAUGUUUCUUAUUCACCAAACAUUUCCUAGUCUGCACAAGGAGUUCGGGAGGAAAACUACAUCUGUUGAAGGCUGGAGGCGUCCUUUCCCUGAUAGACUGCACUUUAAUAGAAGAACCUGAUUCAAGUGAAGAUGAGUCAAAAGGCUCCAGUCAUGUCUUUGGGCAUCUGGACUUCAAGAUUGUGGUGGAAUCUACAGAUGCCCCACCAUUCACAGUUGUGCUGUUAGCUCCAUCGAGACAAGAAAAGGCUGCGUGGACGAGUGACAUCAGUCAGUGUAUAGACAACAUACGGUGCAAUGGCCUAAUGACCAACGUCUUUGAAGAAUAUUCAAAAGUAACUGUGCCUCAUAUGAUAAGAUCUGACAUCCGACUCCACAGCGACGAUACUGAUAUCUGCUUCAGUAAGACGCUGAACUCCUGUAAGGUACCACAGAUUCGCUACGCCAGCGUGGAGCGGCUGCUGGAGAGACUGACUGACCUGCGCUUUCUCAGUAUUGAUUUCCUCAAUACCUUCCUCCACACCUACCGAAUAUUCACCACUGCACUGGUGGUCCUGGAGAAACUGACCGACAUUUACAGAAAACCUUUCACCUCCAUCCCUGUCAGAUCACUGGAAUUAUUUUUUGCAACCAAUCAAAACAACCGGGUGGAGCACGUGAAUGACGGUAAAUCCCCAAGACUGUCUCGGAAAUUUUCUUCACCUCCUCCACUGUCAUUCUCUCGAACGUCCUCACCAGCCCGGACCCGGAAACUUUCGCUCAGCUCCCCUGUGAGCUCUAAAACAGGAGCUCUUGACCUUUCUACAUCGUCCACGUCGGGUACAACUUUUGCCCACAGCGCAGUUAUCUCUCCACCUCCUGUGGCAAGCAAAGUACCAUUGGAUCUGAGCAAAGGUCCCUCAUCCUCAGACCAGGGUCCUCUCUCAACAGAAGAAAACUCAGAGCAUCCCCGCAUUGAUAUAUGUAACAAGUUGAGAAGAAGCAUCAGGAGAGUUCAAUCUGGUGUGAUGGGACCUGGAUGUAGGGAGAUGGACAACGCACGAUGCUCUGUGUCUCCGGCUUCAGCAUUUGCCAUUGCCACAGCAGCGGCGGGACAUGGGAGCCCGCCACCCGAGAACACCGCCGUGCAGGAAAAGUUCCGACGCGUCUCCAUGGGAGGGGCAGGAUUUAGCAAUUCAGAGCGCAUGUGUGACAAAGAGUUUCUAAUUCGCAGGGCAGCUACAAAUCGUGUUUUGAACGUCCUUCGACACUGGGUUUCCAAGCACUCUCAGGAUUUCGAGAUGAACAGUGAACUGAAGUCAAACGUUAUAAAUUUGUUAGAGGAAGUGAUGCGUGAUCAUGACCUGCUACCCCAAGAAAGGAAAGCCACAGCCAACAUCUUAAGUGCCCUCUCACAGGAUGAACUGGACGAUGCUCAGCUGAGGAUGGAAGUUUUAUUACAGAUGACAGAUGGCCCCAGGAUGGAAUCCUUUGAGACUCUGUCAGUCAUGGAAAUGGCAGAACAGUUGACGCUCCUUGAUCAUAUUGUUUUCAGAAGCAUACCAUACGAAGAGUUUCUUGGUCAGGGAUGGAUGAAACUUGAUAAAAAUGAACGAACACCAUACAUCAUGAAGACUAGCCAGCACUUUAAUGAUAUGAGUAACCUUGUUGCUUCUCAAAUCAUGAUGCAUGCUGAUGUAAGUUCACGCACAAUUUCUAUUGAGAAAUGGAUAGCAGUGGGAGACGUUUGCCGAUGUAUGCACAACUACAAUGGUGUCCUUGAGAUCACAUCAGCCCUGAAUAGAAGUGCCAUCUACAGAUUGAAGAAAACCUGGGCAAAAGUCUCUAAACAGACUAAAGCGCAAAUGGACAAGCUUCAGAAAACUGUGUCAUCAGAAGGAAGAUUUAAAAAUCUAAGGGAAACACUGAAAAAUUGCAAUCCACCCUGUGUUCCAUACCUCGGGAUGUAUUUGACUGACCUCGCAUUUAUAGAAGAGGGGACACCUAAUUUUACUGAUGAAGGUCUUGUAAACUUUUCCAAAAUGAGAAUGAUAUCACACAUUAUUAGGGAGAUACGUCAGUUCCAACAAACCCCAUAUAGAAUAGAUCACCAACCAAAGGUCAUUCAGUACUUACUUGACAAAACAAUGAUUAUGGAUGAAGAUACACUGUAUGAGCUCUCCUUAAAAAUUGAACCCAGGCUUCCUGCAUGA